CACUUAUCGUAAUCACAUGUUUGUGUGCUUUUCAGUGAAACACGUUUUGCUGUAUUUUCGGUCAUAUUUUCAAUUGAAUUGACUUUCAGUGCAAUGAAUACACUGUCACUCACUAUAGAGCGGUCACUAUAGGAGUGAACGGUGUGUCCAUUAGAUGAUAACGAGUGGUCACUACACGUGAUUGUAUUGACAGUCACUCAAGACAUGGACCGAAGAAGUUGUGGUCAAAAGCCGCCAAAAAGGGCAAAGACGUCGAUGACUGAUACCAAUAGGACUCAAGAGGAAUACCCGAAGGACUCACUCGACAGAUACGGCGAUGACUUGUGUGGAGUCAUAUUGUCUUACCUGUCCCUCGAAGAGUGUUUCCGAUUUGAAUGUGUGUCCAAACAAUGGCAGCGAUCGGUAUUCAAACGACAAAACUAUGUGAAUGUCGAGAAACACGUGAAGAAAUGGCAGAUAAUGUCGGGUAAGACUAUUGAAGACAUCGAUUGGCAGAUCUUGGAGUCAGUGGUGCGGAAGUGUCCGAACAUUAGACGCUUUGAUAUUGAGAUCCAUUCAGAAGUGACGGGAAGAGUGUUUGAG